AUGGUGAAGUUCCCCCGACAUAUUUAUACAAUUAACAACCAGGUUAUAAUCCAGGAAGAAGAACCAACUAUAAAUCAGGUUCGACCACCCAGACAAGCGUCUGACAAAAGGGUCAUGGGGGCAAGAUUAGAACAACAUCCAGUUCGACAGGAAGUCCCUGAAGAACAACCUAGGAGAAUAAUGAUGGUUAAUAGAAACCAGGAUGCAGACGAAGUAAUUCAUAGGGUUAGGCAAGAAAACAUGAUGGAAAAUAACUUAACUACUAUGAUAGAGAGAAUCAUGGCCCAGAAUGGUCUUAAUAUCGGACUUCGACGGCCAAAUUAUACCUCUCCUUUAUCAGAAUACGUCCUACAAACUGAAUUACCAAGGGGUUGUAAAAUCCCUAAGUUCACCAAAUUCUCAGGGGACACUAGUGAGUCCACUAUAAAACACAUAGCCAGAUACAUGACUGAGGCAGGGGAUUUGGCAAACAGUGAGAACUUAAGAAUGAAAUAUUUCCCCAGUUCUUUAAUGAAGAAUACCUUCACGUGGUUUACGACUUUGCCACCAAAUUCCAUAGAUACUUGGCCUCAUUUGGAGAGAUUAUUUCAUGAACAAUUCUACAUGGGCCAAACUAAGAUAAGUCUUAAGGAAUUAGCCAGUAUUAAAAGAAAAUUCACUGAACUUAUAGAUGAUUAUCUGAAUAGGUUCCGUUUGUUGAAAUCUAGAUGCUUUACAGUAGUGCCUGAACAUGAAUUGGUCGAAAUGGCCGUUGGAGGGUUAGACUAUUCCAUUAGGAAAAAGUUAGAUACCCAGUAUCUAAGAGAUAUGGUCCAAUUAGCAGACAGGGUUCGACAGGUCGAACGUUUAAAAGCUGAAAAGGCCAGAGCAAAUAAGAAUUAUAAGAAAGAAAGGGUUGUUUAUGUCGAAUUCGAAGAUGGGGAGUCUGAAAUCUCUAAUGACCCUUAUGGUCUCGAGGAAUUCGAAGUAGAUUUGGCUGAAUUAAAAGAAGCACCACCUUAUGCUUGUAGAUUACUUACACCUUCGAAUGGCAGGAACCCUGUCGAAACUAAAAAGAACGAUAGAUUUCCUAAAAAGACUUACACAUUUGAUGUUACCAAAUGUGAUGAAAUCUUCGAUUUAUUGAAUGCAAUUAAGGAUGGCCGCCUCAAGUUCGCUGACAAGGGAAAAAACCAGAUGAAGGUUGACGCUGACCCCCUCAACAUUGCUGACACAAAUUAUGCUGAACCUGUCGAAAUCAACAUGAUUGACAUGGUGGAAGUGGAAGCUGUGAAGGAAACAGGAACUGAAGGCUAUAUGUUAGAUGGAAAGCAGGCUACUGAUGGCCUAAAUAAUGAUGUUCCCUUUGGAAUUUUUGUCAAAGGUGAACAAGUUGCUAAUGUCGAACCAAAGGCCACUGAAGGUCUUAAUGGGAAGGCAACUGAGGCUACUGAGGGCCUAAAGAAGAAAUUUGAGGAAAUUUCAAUCGCUGAUGGCGCCAAUCUAGGUGUUAACAUGGUGGAUCUGAACGAACCCCCCCCCCCCCCAUAA